UUUUGGUCCAUUGCCGUUCUGGGCAAAAAUGUUGCCGUUUUGGUCAUUGCCGUUUUGACUUAUUGCCGUUUUGGUUUAUUGCCGAUGUGACCAGAAACCAGUAACGCAGAAACAUUGUAACAAAAGACAAACAAUCGUUAAAAUGGAGGAACUGCUGGUACCAGAUACACCUGCUGGUCAGAGGUCAAUAAAUUCUCAGGAAGAGGUCGAAGAGCCAUCUUGUUGCUCACCAACCCGUUCCAAGUUGAAGACUUCCCCUAUCAGAGUGUUCAGUAUGAUCCAUAUUGUGUGUGGUUUCUUUUCCAUUGGAUUGGGCAUCGUAGCAUGCACCUUUGGUUGUCAGUAUCCUGGCGCCGCCAUUGUAGCUGGCAUAGUAUUUGUAGUGACUGGUGUCAUUGGGAUGCUCGUGACAAAACAUGGAGUCAUGGCUGCAGUUUAUGGGAUUUUAAGUGCUUUUAGCUGUCUGUUGAGUAUUGUUCUGAUGGUGCUUAUGUUGGCUGCUUCGUCCUCUGGAGAAGGUGAAGAUAGAGACAUUUGCAGCAGUCAUGAUUGUGAUUAUGGCUAUCCAGACAACUGUUGUUAUGACUACAAAUUUUUCUUAACGUGGAAAAAUGUUGCAGUUGAUGUGGGAAUUCUGGUUGUUGCUGUUGUUGAAUUGGUUGCCUCCUGGCUGGCUACGACUCUGAGUUUGCGCGACACGAAUUGGAUCGCAAUUUGCUGUUUGAAACAAAAUAUGAAUGAAAUGCAGUUUCCAAAUUCUGAUCAGAGAACUAGAGCUGAACCCUCAGAUGAAACCUCAGCAGUGAGUGGCCAAUCACCAGCCAUGAAGCGAUGCUGGAAACCUUGUGAGAGCAAAGGUCACCGCAAUCUCACCAUCGUUAUAAGUGUUUUUCAUAUUAUUAUCGGUGUCAUCUGUGUUGCCCUAGGAAUCUUGGCUGUGUUUGCUGAGUGUGAGGUAUCGCACAUUGGAAUGCCUAUCUGGUCCGGAUUAUUGAUAUUUGUAGUAAUUGGUAUUUAUGGGUUGUUGAGUGUCACAAAGAAAGGGUCAUAUGUACCCUGUUUCUUUUCGCUUUCUAUUCUAGCAUUUAUGAUGUCUACUACCAUGGUCACAUGGUCUUCAGCUAAUAUAGGCGAAGAAAAUAUCAACCACUACAUGAAAGGCUGUGUAAAUUGGAAUUGCUACGUCACACCGACACCGUACUAUGAUUAUUGCUGGGACUGUUUGCCUGGAUGUUGCGAAAUCGGUGACAUGUCUAGUCACAAGGACAGAAACAUAAGGGUUUUGCUGGACUCACUCAUUGUGGGAUUUGGAGUUUUCGAAACGCUAAUCUGCAUGGUGACCUUUGGCCUUUCUUUUUGUCAACUGAGUUGUUACUUUUGUUGUCAGGGCUCAAACUGCAACUGUUGUCAAACUAAGAAUAAUAAACAAUACCAGAUGGUUAUGGGCCCCAAUGGUAAUGUGAUGAUGUUACCUAUACCAAGAGCAGCACAUGCUAUGCCGAUGAUGGUACAGAACCAGCCGAUGAUGGUACAGAACCAGCCGAUGAUGGUGCAGCACCAACCUAUGAUGCUUCCCAACCAACUUAUUGCUGCUCAGAACCAACAAGUAGGAGCUCAAACCUCUGGAACUGGAGAACAUACUGGACCUGAAGAACAACAAGUAUGUGGUGCACAACAACCAGCCGUCCAGGCACAGGGGCAACCAAUGUUGGUCCCGAGUUCUGGCCAGCUAAUGAUGGUAGGUGGACAGGGACAACCAAUGAUGCUUCCAGCUCAGGGGCAACCAAUGGUGGUACAUCAAGUUCAGGGGCAACCAAUGAUCGUCCAAGCUCAGGGGCAACCAAUGAUGGUACAUCAAGGUCAGGGGCAACCAAUGUUUCAACAACCAAUGUUUGUGCAAGGUGUGGGGCAAGUAGGUAUGGUUCAAGAACAGGGACAGCCAACCAAUCAGACAGUCAUGAUUCCAGGACAAAGUCAGCCACUUCAAACGGUGACCCAAGCUCAGAUUCCGAACCAUGAGCAACAGAUACAAGCUACUGGAGAACCUGAUGACAAUGGAGAUGCAAUGGCAUUGGUAGCUGGACAAGAUGCUGGCAGCAUCUCAAACCCAAACUGUGUAAAUGUCCCAUUUUUGUAAAGCACAACGAUCACAAUUUAAUUUUCAUCAUCCUUUAUUAGGCCUAAAAAAAUUGUUUGUUUGCCCUCCAACACCCACCUUAGCUCACGGAAAAAUAGGGGCGGUGUUUUUAAAAAAAAAAGUUUUCUUUCGAUUUUUUGUUCACAAAUUUUAAAAAGUGAUCACCAUUAUAGGCCUAAAUUCAUUGCAAAAUAUCGAUUAUAGGUUAUUUUUUCUUUGAAAAACAAAUAGCGAGACAGGCUUAAUUGAAAGCAUUGCGAUUUAAUAUGUGAAUUUUGGUGACAGGAGAAAAAAAAAAUUUUUAAAAACCUUUUUUGUGCUCGCCCCUCCUACACAAUUUUCAGCAUUAAAGGAUAAACAAACAAUUUAAUUUUAGGCUUUAUAUUCAAAAUUGUCUCAAAUGCUGUUCUUAUGAUAUACUCAGUAUACUGGUUUAGUUUUAUUUAGAAGAAAAAUUUUUAUAUAAAUAUACAGAAUUCUAAUAUUGUACUAUUAUUCUAUAAGAGAGUGUUUUAAACAUGUGUUUAGUGUUGUAAUUGUUGUAACAA